AUGAAGAGCCAGCCCGUUUCCAUCACCACCUCGGAAAAGGGAAAAGGGCCAAUACUUCUGCCUCGCGUCAGCCCUGCAAAGAUCAUCAAUAUCUUCUACAAAGACCAAGUUCUUACCCACAAAUCCUCCCAACCAGUUGAGCUAGCACAUACGAAGAUUUCAACUGUGUCUAAAGACGAUUUGGUCCAUAACUGUGAAGAUCAAACUGUGAUGAACCAGGGAGCCACAACAUUCAUGAAUGAGCUUCGCCAGAUAAAAGGCGAGAUGAAUGAGUUUCGCCAGAUGAAAGCCGAGAUGAAUGAGUUUCGCCAGAUAAAGGCCGAGAUGAAUGCCAAGAUCUCCAUCCUGGAACACAUCGCACACCCAGGUUGA